AUGCCGCGCUGCUACAUGGUAAAGAAAAACAUCCAGCGGCACGAAGGCCCGCCGCCAUGUAGCCCCACAGAAGCAAGCGUCGCGCCCCCAUGCUACAGCCCUACCGCAUACUCCGCCGUAACUGAACCACGCCCCAACGAGUAUGCGGAGCUGGGCUGUAUACCGGUGUCGGAGCGGUCCGCAGCCGAUACUGAGGCAGCACACGAUCUGCUGUCUCUAGCCCAGAGUCUACCACCAUUGCCCCCAGCCACCGUCGUCACCGUCCUCCAUGCUCCUGACCCCACACCACUUCUUCCCGUCUAUACUUACACUAUACAACCCACAAAUAUUUACAUCCUUGCCGACGAACCCAUUGAACCUAUCUAUCAUACGGUACAAACCAUUACACCAGUCCAAACUAUUACACCGGUACAAACUAUCACACCGGUUCAAACUAUUACACCGGUACAAACAGUUGAAUAUGCUGUCGAUCCGCAAGUCAAUUAUGUAACGUACCAAGCUCCUCCUGAUCCCCAAUCUUAUCCAGUGAGGGAAGUAGUGCCUGAACCCAUUAUCCAACCUAUACCCGAAGAACCACCGGAUCCAACCCCACCGCUCAAGGAGAAACCAGCUAAGUAUGAUUGCAAUGAAUGCGGCAAACGAUACGCUACGUCUUCGAACCUAUCACGACACAAGCAAACACAUCGCAGUCUCGAUUCGAUAGCGGCAAAACGAUGCCCUGAAUGUGGUAAGGCAUACGUAUCGAUGCCCGCGCUGGCUAUGCAUGUUCUGACUCAUCGCAUGGGACACGUUUGUGGGGUUUGUGGCAAACAAUUUUCUCGACCGUGGCUGCUCAGGGGCCACCUUCGCUCGCACACAGGUGAAAAGCCGUACAAUUGUGCUGCCUGUGGCAAGGCAUUCGCUGACCGCUCCAACUUGCGAGCUCACCUCCAGACGCACUCCUCCGAUAAGAAAUAUGAGUGCACCCGUUGCCGCAAGUCGUUUGCGCUUAAAAGUUACCUGAACAAGCAUCUAGAGUCCGCGUGCGUACGGUCCGACGACGAGUGA